CCGCACCGCCGUGUUUUCUGGGAUGGGACCCACGCAGCCGCCUGGCCUCAUUGCUGCUAGGGAAGCGCGGACCUUUCAACAAGAGCUUUAUUAAUUCCCAGACCAGGAUCCUGGAAGGCGAUGGAGGUGGCAGCUAACUGCUCCCUGCGGGUGAAGAGACCUCUGUUGGAUCCCCGAUUCGAGGGCUACAAACUCUCUCUCGAGCCGCUGCCCUGUUACCAGCUGGAGCUUGAUGCAGCUGUAGCAGAAGUAAAACUUCGAGAUGACCAAUACACACUGGAGCACAUGCAUGCUUUUGGAAUGUAUAAUUACUUACACUGUGAUUCGUGGUAUCAAGACAGUGUCUACUAUGUUGAUAAUCUUGGAAGAAUUAUGAAUUUAACAGUGAUGCUGGACACUGCCUUAGGAAAACCACGAGAGGUAUUUCGGCUUCCGACAGAUGUGACAGCAUACGACAAUCGGCUUUGUGCAUCUGUCCAUUUCACAUCUUCUACUUGGGUUACCUUGUCAGACGGAACUGGACGGUUGUAUCUCAUUGAAACGGGUGAACGUGGAAAUAGUGCUUCUGAAAAAUGGGAGAUUAUGUUUAAUGAAGAGCUAGGGAAUCCUUUCGUUAUAAUCCAUAGUGUUUCAUUGCUGAAAGCUGAAGAACACUCAAUAGCUACGCUACUUCUUCGAGUAGAGAAAGAAGAAUUAGACAUGAAAGGAAGUGGUUUCUUCGUUUCCUUGGAGUGGGUCACUAUCAGUAAGAAAAAUAAAGAUAAUAAAAAAUAUGAAAUCAUUAAGCGUGAUAUUCUCCGUGGAAAGUCAGUGCCAAAUUAUGCUGCUAUUGAGCCUGACGGGAAUGGUCUAAUGAUUGUUUCUUACAAGUCCUUCACAUCCAUUCCAGUUGGGCAAGAUGUUGAAGAAAAUAAGGAUGAAGACAUGUCAGAUAAAAUCAAAGAGCCCCUGUAUUACUGGCAGCAGACUGAAGAUGACUUGACAGCCACAGUGCGGCUUCCGGAAGGCAGCGCCAAGGAGGACGUUCAAGUCCAGUUUCUGCCCGAUCGUGUCACCAUUGUGCUGAAGGGCCAGAAGCUUUUGGAAGGGAGUCUUUUUUCAUCUAUCGAUCACGAAAGCAGUACAUGGAUAAUUAAAGAGAAUAAUAGCUUGGAGAUUUCCUUCAUUAAGAAGAAUGAAGGACUGACCUGGCCGGAGCUAGUAGUGGGUGAUAAACAAGGGGAAUAUAUAAGAGACUCAGCCCAAUGUGCUGCAAUAGCUGAACGCUUGAUGCAUUUGACCUCUGAAGAACUGAAUCCAAAUCCAGAUAAAGGAAAACCUCCUUGUAAUGCUCAAGAAUUAGAAGAAUGUGACAUUUUCUUUGAAGAGAGUUCCAGUUUAUGCAGAUUCGAUGGCAAUACACUAAAAACUACUCACGUGGUGAAUCUCGGAAGCAACCAGUACCUUUUCUCAGUGGUCGUGGACCCAAAGGAAAUGCCCGGCUUCUGCCUGCGCCACGAUGUCGACGCCCUCCUCUGGCAGCCGCACGCCAGCAGCCAGCAAGACAUGUGGGAGCAGAUCGCGACUUUCAAUGCUUUAGGCUACGUGCAAGCAUCAAAGAGAGACAAGAAGUUUUUCACCUGUGCCCCAGAUUACUCCUAUGCGGCCCUCUGCGAGUGCCUCCGCCGAGUGUUCAUCUACCGCCAGCCCGCGCCCAUGUCCACUGUGCUCUACAACAGAAAGGAAGGCCGGCAAGUAGGGCAGGUUGCUAAGCAGCAAGUAGCAAGCCUAGAAACCAAUGAUCCUAUUUUGGGCUUUCAAGCAACAAAUGAGAGAUUAUUUGUUCUGACUACCAGAAACCUCUUUUUAAUAAAGGUGAAAACAGAGCAUUAGUGAAUCCAGCAUGCUGGCCUCUCUGUGCUGGGAAAAGUGUCAGCGGUCACUGGGAGGCUGGGCAGUUGUACUGUAACCUGUUAAGUGUGAAUGUGUUAAAUAAAAUUAUCCUGUAUGAAUUUUUAUUUUUUAAAGGAUACUGGAAAUCUAUUCAAGAGAUUAUUCUAUAAAGGCUAUGGAAGAAACCUGCAAAUUAAGAAAAAAAAAUGGCUUCUGCAAAAAACAUAAAGAUACUACUAGCAGUAUAAUUGUUUUUUAAAGACAGAAGCUAUGAUCUUUUAUAUGAAAAAAUGUACAAUUCAGUGUUUAAUAAGAAUAUUUAUCGUGUACUCUUUGUUCACUGAUACAAUUUCUACAUCCUGUACCAAUGGAAUGGAUAGGAUAAUUGUUAAAAUGUCGAUUCUUGUAAAUAAGUAAAUGAACUGAAUAGCUGGGGCAGCGGGGGAAGUAUAAGAGGAGUACAGCAGGCCUAAUGUUGUUCAAGUUGGCUGAGAGACCUUAGGUGUUUCAAAUUGAGUGCAGUUCAUUUGGUUUUUAUCCAUUUGCUCCUUCACAGACAGAGAUGGUAAGAUUCUACAAAGAGUAGCUCUUAUCCAUCACUGUGUAAGAAACCACCCCAAAACUCAGGGGUUUAAAACAAGGAAGUUUUAUAAUUUCUCAUGAUUCAGUGACUCGGCUGUCUGUGUUGUGCACGGCUUCUCAUCCCCCAGUAGACUAGGCUGUGCUUCUUCCCGUGAGAGAGAAAACAUUCCAGAAGGGCAAGCCUUUGCGUAUGAGACCUUGCCAAGCCUGUGCUUCCAUCAUACUUGGUCAUCUUCCAUUGAACAAAGCAAGUCACGUGGCCAAGUUGGAGUCGGUGUGAAAGGGCAUAUAUAAGGAUACAGACAGCAGGGGGUAUGAUUCAUUGGGGGCCAGUAAUAUAACAAUCUACAACACAAAUUAAAAUUUGUCCUUGUAUCUCUUAUAUUUCCACAGUAAU